AUGGUUGAGUCCCGGCCACGACGCGUCACUGCAGUAACUUUGAAGAGAUUCCCUGAUCCACAUUGGUUUCGAAAAAGUUUAAGCUUAAUUCAGUUACAUAUACUAUUCUUCUGCCCCGGUGUUUCGCUUUUUUCCAUUUCUCUCUUUCAUGCCACCGCAGUCAUUCCAGCGCUUGCAAACGAUAUGGCACCACACGCCAUCGACUCCAUGCCCUCGGGGCAAUGUGUUAGGUUGAUGAGCGAGAAGUUCAUCCACAAGAGCGACAUCAACCAGAUCACACCGCGGAUGGACCAGGGAGGCUUUGGCCACCCUUGCAUUCUCCUGAAGCGGUCGCAUGAUGGGUCCAUGGCCCUGAUUGCGUUGAUCUCGUCGUUCGGGUGCUCUUCACGUGGGACCGCGCAAGCUCCAUGGGGGAGGCCAGACCUCAGGAAGAUACAUCCCGACAAGACGGUUUUCCGCGCAGCCGCCAACUGCAACUCGGAAAGGCCCGAUCCCAGUCGGCCUUUCAUCCAGCUCCAGCACGGCAUCCACUUCAACUUCCCGACGUGGAUCGACGAGAACAAGCAACUGACGAGGGAGUCCCUCUCUGACCUCCUCGCUCACAUGCGCCAGGCGGCUCCGCAGCGCUGGCGCGACGUCAACAACGCCAUGGUGACCACCGCCACCACCACCGCCUCUGGGCCCUCUCUCGCCGGUUUGCAAACGCCGCCGUCGACUCCACUGGCGCCGUCGUUUGCGGGCAACACCGAUAAGAGGAAGAGGCGGACGUCGUCACCAAAUGGGGAAAAGGACUGCAAGGUCCAGAAGGUUGAAGAGUGGAGGCUAUCGGCCGGGCCUGUCGGUCAGUGUUGUGGUGGUGUGGUGAAAGAGGAGGGAGAUGGUGGGCAGUGGUGCACGGUUGUGCAGAAGAGGAAGAGGGGGAAGAAGUAA